CAAGAAUCCUUUGGCACGAGCAAGAGUCGCAAGAGAGAUUCCAGUUGAGCCUGACGUGCCCUCAUAGAUCGUGUCGCCAGAGUAUGGCGUCAGGAUGCCUUUCUCUUCGGCCUGGCACCAGGUUAGCAUAGGUCGCUGAUGGCAUUGAACAGAGCCAUGCUUUCAACCCACAAUUUCAAUCAUACUAAGUGCUACACGAUCCUUUGAGCUCUGCCCGGCACCAUUCAAAAACUGACAUGCAAUCGUUAGAUAUAUUUCACUGCGCCACACCCAGGUUCAGUCUACAUACUUCGGCUUUGCCCAAGAUUUCACAUCCUGUUGCAUCAGAAAGAGACUUGAUGCGGAACAAUGGGGUAUUUCCAAUACAUCCUUGGAUACCCUCGACGAUUGCCGGAGGCCCUGACCGCGCGACAAGGGUAUCUGAUGCUGGCUUGAUAUCUGCCGAUUUUUCGGGACGACCAUGAGGGUAGAGCACCUCUCUGCAUACAAGUGCGAGAGAAACACCGGCCACAAAUGCCGUACCAAUAUAUACUGCGGAGUGGUCCGGCAUCGUGCAUUCACCUCUCCGAUUGCCCUCUAACCCGAGGUCGGUGGAAUGAACUUGAUGAAAGUCGGGAUGAGGCGCUCGGACCACUGGCGUGCUUAGCCUGCUGGCAAGUUGACCGACCUGAAAAUGAUAGCGUGAUGGUAGGAUGGAGUUUGUCUUGACCUUCAAACCGAAUUAUUGCGAUUGACCGAACAUAAAUUAAACACUAAAUAGAGGAAUCGACGUCAGAAACUCGCUUGCGACGAAUGAGAUGUGAGGCGUUGCCUCAGGCACGGGAACUGUUGCCUGAGGCCGCAAGAAAGCUCCAUGCUGACCCCAUAUCCAUCGAUCCCCGAGAGUCCAACCUUUCGCUUCAAGCAUCAUGGACUCACCCGUCCUCAACCAGCUGUUCCGACAGCUCUUCCGGCAUUCGGCUUGCCAGUCUCUGCGGCGGCCGCCCUCCUCAAUCUCCCGCCAAACGCGCACAUUUCUCACCCGGCGCACGCCCACCAAGCGCAAAUCCCAAGGCGAUGGCAUGCUCUGGACGAAGCGGGGAGACUACCCCAAGAACAUUGACGAGGAGUACUGGUCAUAUCCGACAGUCACAGCAAAGGACUUGCGCAAUCGGCGCGAGCGCCCUCGGCAGGUCAAAAUGUUGACGCGCGAAUUCAUUGACGACAGUCUUUAUAACCCGCAUUACGGUUACUUCUCAAAACAUGCAACCAUUUUCAGUCCCGGCGAGCCAUUCGACUUCAAUAGCAUCGAAGACGGACCUUCCUUCCACCGGCUCCUAGGUCAGAGAUACACAGAGUUUGAGGACCUACUGGAUGAGAAGAAGCCCGACAUUGCCCGGCAGCUGUGGCAUACGCCGACCGAACUUUUCAGACCAUAUUACGGAGAGACGAUUGCUCGGUACCUUGUCUCAAAUUACAAGCUCACACUGUAUCCGUACCACGACCUGAUAAUCUACGAGAUGGGCGCUGGAAACGGUACAAUGAUGUUGAACAUCCUGGAUUUCAUCCGUGAUACAGACUACGAGGUGUAUCAACGCACCAAGUACAAGAUCAUUGAGAUCUCGCCUGCACUUGCAGAUCUUCAGACAAAAAACUUGAUGGAUACCCUCAACGCCAAAGGCCACCGGGACAGGGUCGAGAUCAUUAACCGAUCUAUCUUUGAUUGGGACACAUACGUGCAUUCCCCCUGCUUCUUCCUUGCUCUCGAGGUGUUUGAUAAUUUCGCCCACGAUACCGUCCGCUACAACACUCGUACCGAGCUCCCACAGCAAGGUGGAGUGUUGAUCGAUGCCGACGGCGAGUUCCACGAAUACUACAACACGCAGCUUGACCCUGUUGCCGCUCGCUUUUUGCGUGUCCGACAAGCUGCAUCCCGACGCCCAUUCCCCAGCCCACUUGGCCCUUGGUAUCUUCGUGGCAUCCGCUCCGCACCACCCUUCCGCAAGGAGUUCUCCCUGCCCGAAUAUAUCCCCACGAGGUUGAUGCAAUUCUUCGACGUGCUGAAUCAGUACUUCCCAGCACAUCGUCUUGUGGCAAGUGACUUCAAUUCCUUGCCAGACGCGGUUCCUGGUUUGAAUGCGCCCGUGGUGCAGACUCGAUACCAGCGGCGAACCGUUCCGGUGACAACUCCAUUUGUUCACCAGGGUUACUUCGACAUCUUCUUCCCAACCGACUUCAACGUCGUCGAGGACGUGUACCGUGCAGUGACUGGUAAAUUGACUCAGGUCAUGAGCCAUGAGGACUUUGUAGACCGCUGGGCUUAUGUCGAAGAUACCGAGACGCGGAAUGGGGAGAACCCGUUAUUGACAUGGUACAAAAAUGCUAGUAUGCUGAUGACGGUAUAAAUAUGUACAAUAGUUGGUCUGAACAGAAUUAUCAUCCACUUGCUGGCUCCCUCCAGUUUCAUUACUGCCUAGCUGUAAGAUGGAAGCAAACCCCACGCAAGCUCCAGCAUCAUUUGCGCUUUUAAUACACGGUGCCAAACUCCACCCAGUUGGACUGCCAUUGGGACACCUGGCAAAGUCGUCCAUCCUCACGCUCACGCCAUUCAUCCGAUCCGACGUUCGUCUUGCCGUACAGAACGCUAUUCGGAUCAUACUUUGCCUUGAUCUUCCGUAGGGUAUUAUAGUUGCUACCGUAGAAGGCCUUCUUGAAGUUUGGC